CUUUAAGUAUAUAUAAAAUAUCGCAACCCUAUUUCUUUUCUCCUUUUCUCUUUGAUAUUUAUUCGCUCAUCAUCCUUUUUUUCUACAUUUUUUUUUUUGGCUUGUUUUCCUUAUAAAUAAUAUCGGCGGAUUAUCGCUUUCUUUUUUUUUUCUAUUCUUUUUCAUUUUCUUGCACUUGUAUUCUACUUUUUAUUCAUUUUUUUUUCUGUAAGAAGCGUCUUCUUUUUUCCUUUGAUGCCUCAAAUUAUUAUACCCCACGGCUUGAUUACACCUGAACGAUCGAUGCCUUCCAGUCCGACCAUCACCCCGGCCAUUGUGAGCCAUGCCACAGCGAGUCAUCGUCAUUUGCACUCGCAUGAUAUUCCCGCCGUAGAUAUUCAUGAACUGACAAAACGACUUCAGAAAGCCGCUUCGAGAUCCGUACGGCGGUCGAAACCUCUCACACCGGUGUCUUCCUCUUCGGCUUCGUCUUCUUCUUCCUCCUUACCGUGUAACGAUACCCCACCUUCGUCGUUUGUGCUUCCCAGUCCUCGAACAUCCAUCAUCCACCCAUACACCCCACCGCAAUUCGUUUUUAAGAAACCCCAAUACAACCAAUUAUUCCAUCAGACCCAUUUUCAUCAUCCACAAGACCAUCCUCAUCAUUCCCGUCCGCACAAAGAUGCAUGGCCAGGCUGGUCUGAUCUUCGUCGCUUCUUUCGCGCAGAAUCGUACAUGGCCAUGCUCGCCGAUUCCAAGUCCGAUACGUUUGCCAACCAGUUUCGCCAAGAUAUCGAGGGGCGGUAUGGCAAAUGGGGUCGUUAUAUUGGCAAAGGUGCCGGGGGUUCGGUGAGGCUGAUUCGCCGCACCGCGGAUCAAAAGACAUUCGCAGUCAAACAAUUUCGAAAGAGGCUGGCGUGCGAGAGUGAGAAAGAUUACAUCAAAAAGGUGACGGCGGAAUUCUGCAUCGGAUCGACAUUGCAUCAUAUCAAUGUGAUCGAAACCUUGGAUCUUAUCCAGGAUGGAGCCAAUUUCUACGAAAUCAUGGAGUAUGCCCCCAACGAUUUAUUCAAUAUUGUUAUGAGCGGCAUGAUGUCGCGCGAAGAAAUCGCUUGCUGUUGGCGUCAACUCCUCAACGGCGUCGAUUAUCUCCACGGUAUCGGUAUUGCCCACCGCGACCUCAAGCUCGAUAACUUGGUCCUCGAUCAUAUGGGCAUUCUUAAAAUUAUCGAUUUUGGUUGUUCCUCCGUUUUCAAAUAUCCUUACGAAAACACCAUCACGCUCACCAAAGGUAUUUAUGGUUCCGACCCUUACAUUGCACCUGAACAGUAUACCCAAGCCAAAUACGACCCUCGAUUGUCGGAUGUAUGGUCAUGCGGGAUUAUUUUCAUUUGCAUGACCAUUCGACGGUUUCCAUGGCGGUUACCACGUCAUUCAGAUCCGUCGUUUCGUGCGUUUGCCACCAAUCAUAACCAGCAAAAAUUCCGUCUCCUGAAAUUACUUCCUCGUGAAGCUCGAUCUGUCAUGACCGGUAUUUUGGAACUCGAGCCUAGUCGUCGUUACACACUCAAACAAAUCAUGACCGAUGACUUUGUGCGACACAUUGAUGUGUGUGAUCUGAAUGAAGCCGGGACUCAGCACGUCCAUCACGUAUCUGAAACACCCAUCCAUCAACGUGGUAAUUUGGUCCUCAUGACACCUGAACCCCCAGGUGUCGUCGCAGAAAAAGCAAGUAAAAAACGUCAACAUGCUCAAAGGGCUCCUUCUCCACCUCCACUACCUCCGCCACCACCGGCCGCGGCUGCUGCUGCUCAUCCUCCACCUUUUUCUUCUUCCAACGCAAAUGCCGGUGCGAAACCCAUCUUCAUUUAGAAAACAACAGCAUAUAUUUCCUUCGUGAUGUAACUUAUCAUUCCUUUGGGAUUUUUUUUUUUUUUACAUAUUUGGGCUUUUCCAAGAAAAAAAUAGAAAAACCAACCACAUGGUCAAAAAAGUAAGAAAACAGGAGAAAAAAUAGCAUGAAAAAGGAAAACGUCGCUGCACAUUCAGUGGAAAAAAAAUUGAAAGAAAGCCACGCAAAAUGAAUUCCCCCAAAAAAUUAGCAAGCUUCCAUUGUUGUUCUGUACAUACUGUUUUGAUAACAUCAAGAUCAUGAAAAAUAAAAAAAGAUAAAACUCCCCCCUCCUGCUCAACUAGAAA